UUUUUGAAAUAUUUAUAUAAAAAAUAAAAUUAUGAAUCCAUCAGAACCUAUUGCCGGUUUUGAACAGAUUGAUAUUGCCAAAUCUUUGGAAGGCACUACCAGAACUACAUCCAUCACAACAACAACCUCCUCCACAUCCCUCCCUCCCCUAAAAACAACUUCUUCAGCCAACCCCUCAAUUUUCACAACAAAAAUUAAAAUUUUAAUUUUAUUGGCCCUCGCCUUUUUUUCGUUAAUUUUGGCAACAAUAAUUUUAUUUUUGUCUUCUUCACACUCCGAAAAUCAAAAAGAAUUUCCUUUUUAUUUAAAUAAAACAUCAGAAGAAUUUAAAGAUUUAUUAUCAAUUAAUAAAUUAAUUGACCGAAGCAAUUAUGACCCCAGUGAAAAAUCAAAGCUUCCUAUUGCUAGUCAUCCUAUUAUGUUUAAUGAAACGGGUUGGUCAAGCUAUAGGCCACAACUAUAUUUUGGUUUAAAAAAUCGACGUCCAGAUUCCCCAUUAUUUGGAAUUAUGUGGUAUCGUCAAAAAUUAGCUGCAAAACCUGAAGAUAUUGUUUUGAGGAAUUGGGCAAAACACGAGGAUGAUGUUGUAUUUAUGUGGAACCAACAUGACGGUCGUUCUUUUGGAUCCCAAAAAUUAAUAGAUGGAGAAUACAAUAUCCGAACUGACUUUUUAAAUUUUAAAUCCUCUUCCUGGAUGGCCAGAUUUUAUUUAACAAAUAAUUCAACAACAAAAGAAUGGCCCCAACAACUGGCAUUUAUUCUCUAUUUUGCCGUUCAGGACCCAAUUUCAACACUUCAAAUGACUUCAAUACACCCUACAAAAAGUGGAGAAAUUAAUUUGCUUAAAGGAAAGUGUGAUGCAGUCAAUGGAGAAUUUUAUUUAAAAGUUAAACCAAUUUCUGGGGGCGGAUCGAAAAUAUCUGCUACAGCAAUUAAAUCAGAACCUUUCCCCGAUAUGGCUAAAACUAGUGAAAUGGUUAAAGAAAAGUUGCAUAAACAAUUGGAUGGAAAUUUUGCGUUUGAUAUUGUUCAGAAUUUGGAUGAGAAUAAUCCGAAUAUUAUUGCAUUACAGAUUAGUGCUAAAGAAGAUACAGCUUUUGAAGUCCUUUUCCAUUCCGUAAAUGAUGGAACACCACCAAGCUUUACUGACGUAUUUAGAGAGAAGGAAGAGGCUUUCCGUUCAAACUUUAGCCGCGCCUUUCCAAUUGCUAAGAAUUACUCAGCAAUUUAUCACAAAAUGGGGCACGCAGCCCUUUCCAAUUUACUUGGAGGGAUUGGUGUUUGGCACGGAAGUUGUAAAAUGCGUUCACAUUUAUUCUCACCUCCCGACUCUGUCAAGCCUUACGGACCUCUAUCUUUAAUGUCUGCUGUGCCCUCACGUACAGGAUUUCCUAGAGGGUUUAUUUGGGAUGAGGUGAAUUUUUUGUUUACUUUAAUAGGGACAAGGGAUUUUCAAAAAAUUAUAUCUCCCCCUAGAAAUAAUAUUUUUGCGAGAGGUUUUUUGAUUCUAUUUGCUAAAAUCGAGGAGAACAGGAAUACUUAA